GUUUUAAGAUGUUGUAUUUUAAAACAGGUUGGUCUUAAAUUUGGAGAGGAGAAAGUACUUCCUGGUGCUUCUUCAACACUACAGCUAACAGCAAGUCCUUAUUCUAUCUGUGGAAUUGGAGCUGUUGACAAAAGCGUUCACAUAUUAAGUUCAGACAAUCGUAUAACUGAAGAGGAGGUUUUCAACAAACUUGGAGGCCAUGAUUAUUAUUGGCCAAAACAGGCUACAUCACGCUACAAGUAUUGUGAGGAUUACAAAUUCAAACAAACUGAAGGUGAACAUGAGGGAUCCUUUUCAUCAGGUUUUACUUCGACUAAUUAUUUAGAUUCCAUCACUGCUUUUGAUGAAGCUGGCCUUGUAGUGAUCAGUGAUAUGGAACUGGAAACCCGUCCUUGUAAACCAUCAGAUUUUGGAUAUGUUGGAAUACCUUGUACUUAUUAUGAUGAUACGAGAUAUGGAGAUUUUGCUGCUCAUCGUAUUGGAGGAUUAGGAGCAGGAGGAUUUAGUAGUAAUAUUGGUGGUGGCAUAGGCAUAAGAAAGAAAACUAAUAAGCCAGUUGUAGAGAUAAGGACUUACUUUCCAGAAACAUGGCUCUGGGAACUACAGAAUAUUGGAGUCACUGGAGAACUAAAGUUAUUGUAA